AUGCAACAUUUAAGUGUGAUAGAGAUUACUCAGUUCACGUACCCUGUGUACCGAGCCUUCCUGCAGUAUCUGUACUCUGACAUGGUGGACUUGGCCCCAGAGGAUGCCAUAGGCCUACUGGACCUGGCUAACUCAUACUGUGAGACACAGCUGAAAAGAAUCUGCGAAAAGAUCAUAAGACAAGGAAUAACUGUAGACAACGCUGCUAUGCUGUACGCCGCCGCCAUCAAAUAUCAUGCUAAGGAGCUUGAAGAAUUCUGUUUCAGGUUCUGUCUGAACCACCUGACCGCCAUUACCCAGACCGAGGCUUUUCACAACCUUGACGAGAUGACAGUGAAGGAGUUUAUCUCGCUUGCUGGAAGACAUGGAGCUUUUAAGAACUAAAAGUGCAAGCCUCUGCUAGGGAAUGAAGCAAAAAUAAUUCUUCUGGAAAAUAUCAAGAUUUAGUUGACAUUGUAUUCAGCGCUUUCCACCUGGAUAACUGCAUGUCGGUCUUGAGAUUUUGAACAAAGUUUGUGAAGAACUUUUUUCAGAUACUUGUCAACGAACAAACAGACAAACCAAUAUUUACAUGUAUAACUACAUAACCUCCUUCACUGACUUAGGUACUUAACUUAUAAGCAUAUUCAGAACUAAGUCAAAGUUACUUGUAUGAUCCAUCGACAGAGACGGAAUAUGAAAAUGGAGGGGAGGGAGGAUGAAUUAUCCCCUCCCAUUUUCUUUCUCCUUGUCCUUCCCCCUUUUCUGCUUUGCUACCAGUAGUACUUGGUUCUAAAGAUGGUUUCAUUUUUUUAAAGGGGGAAGGGGUGAGGAGGCUUAUGGAGGAGUGAUUACACAAAACAUUCUAA